AUGGCUUCUGAUGUCGAACAGCAAUCAAACUUACGUGGCCGACCCAAUCAUCUCAGACUUCUAGUCAGUGCACUUCUGCCUUCGGUACCUGUUGCCCCAGAGGACGGUCCUAUAGCUCACCAUUUUGGUGAUUUUUCUGUUGACGAGGAUGAAGGACCCUAUUACAAUGUGGAUAAGGCUUGGGUCCACACCUUUCAGGUCCCAGAGGAACAGCUAGCUGGCCUUGUCAGCAGAGGAAACUACGGCCUCCAGCUUGUAUAUGAUUUUUUCGCACAUUUUGCAGAGCUCCUGAACAUGGAGGCCAAUGAUGGCCUCAUCCUGCUUACACAGAGGGUAGACACCCUCAUUGCACUUAUUACUCGAGUGUCAGGUAUGCAGUUCACUUCCGACAACAAGUGUAGCCUCAUCUGGCCCAAUGGCCCAGAUGACUCUCACAGGAGCUGUCACCCCUUCUGGACCAAAGGACCUGGCUAUGCAGCAUCCGACACCGGAACUGCGAGGUUCAACAACACUCGGGAAGUGAGGGCGAAAGCAGAAGCAGAUAAGUCCAGGAGUACACUUGACAAAGUUGCCGAGCAAAUUAUGAACGUACCGGCAGCCAAGGGUAAGAAAACAAAAGAUAAGCCAUCAAAGAAGCAGCUUUCCAAAGUGAAGAAAGGACAGCCAUUAGCAAAAAAAGCACACACGUCCAAGGAUGCCAAGUCGGAUGUGUCAGAGGGCGAGAACAGUCCGAGUGACCCCAGUGAUAUUGAAGAAAUCCAGGGGAAGCCUGGACGUCCCGCGCAGAAGCAGAAGUGGGCAUUCUCGCAUUAUACACCCAUAGCACAGACAAAGAAGGAGAAGCCAAUUUGGAAGUGGGAAUGCAAUUGGUGCAAGUACGGCAGUUCUCCUAACUACACCAUUCCCGGUGGAGACACUGUGCAACAAGAUCUGGAUAUUCUGUGUGAAACGUUGGAUCAAAGGCUGAAUGCAAUUAUUAAGGAAAAUGAGUCCAAGCUUGCCAUUGCGAGUGACUUAUGGACUAGCAAGAACUCUGUCUACGCAUUUGCCGGUGUCGUUGGAUUCUGGAUAGAUGAGAACUGGAACCUGAUCGAGCAGGUACUGGAACUGACUCCUCUUGACGGGGAUCACUCUGGCUCCACAACUGGGAGACUGAUCUACAAGGCGCUUCGCAAACGCAAGGCCGCAGAAAAGCUCAUCACUAGUAGUGCAGACAAUGCCUCAAGCAAUGGGACCAUAAAUUGUACUCUGAGCACGAAAAUCAAUGAAGGUCAUGGAACAGACCUGAAGGCUGAAGAUGUGCAGGUUGGAUGUGCAGGUCAUGUCACUCACCUGGUUGUACAAUGUAUACUGCACAGCUUAGGUCUUGCAUCAGAUCCUGAUGUCGAAGAUCUCUAUGAAGACGCUCGCCAAUUUCCCCUCACCUAUGAUCCAAGCCAAGAUCCAGUCGUCCAAGAGGAGAUGAAGGUGGCUGAGCAGGAGUUAUCAUUGGAGCAGUCUGGCAAACUCCUGGCAGUGGAUGAACUUCAGGAUUCAGCAGAGAGUACGGAGUCCGAGGAAGGAGACAGUGAUGCGGGCGAAUGUGGCAGUGACGUCGGUGCCGAGCAGAGGGCAGGUAAAGCAUCCGAGACUGGCCGAAAGUCGAAGAAACAUCUGUCUGCCAUUGACAAGAUUCCCCUCACUCCACAGUUACAUGCUGUUGUCGUUGACAUCUUACACUCAGAGGUUUAUCGCAAGCGCAUGCAGCGACUCAUUCGUCAGCUUUGCAAUCCCAAGAACAAGCAUCUGGUCCCCAUUCGAGUCCGGGAUACCGACAAUCUGCAUGACCCUCCCUCUCUACAAAUUCAUGGAGGUCCAUCUCAAGAGCUCGCGUGCAAAGGUGCACACCAAGCACAACUUAGGCAGGCUCUCAAGAACGGUCUGGAGAAGCUUGAAGUCCACAUGAACAAGGCUUUGGUCUCGAAAUACCCACUCCUUGGUGCAGCUAUCAGACUCAAAUACUUCGAGCAAGAGGAUCUCUGGGACCCGAAGAUUCCAACUCAUGCACGUCAAGAGUUUGAAGCACUUUACAAGAAGUAUGCGGCUACUACUACAGCAUCAGACAAUGGAGCUCCAUCUGUCGCGCCAACCACCAGCAAGCCAAAUGCUGCACAGUCCGUUUUUGCAUCUGCAAUUGGCGUGGUGCCUGCGGCAAAUACCGCUAGCGAGCUUGACAUGUAUUUCAAUGAUCUAUAUCCGUGCACUGAUGAAGAUGGUGCCUUGCCGUGA